CAGAACUACGGGGUAUUGGAUCUUUUCAAAACAGCAGACGAUUUCUUCAAGUCACUGGGGAUGAUACAAAUGCCCGAAUCCUUCUGGAAUAAAUCGCUUUUUGAAAAACCUACAGAUGGCCGCGAAGUUAUUUGUCACGCUUCCGCCUGGGACUUUGGUAACGGGAAAGACUUCAGGUAAUGAUUUAAUUAAGCUAAUUCUGAUCUUUCAUGGGGUUUCACAACGGAUACGAACAACGGAUACAAACAAAAAUGACAGAAACAACAUUAUUUAUAGUUUUUUAAAGUUUAUUCAAACAUAAUCAAAAUUUAGCUAGACAUUUGGGCAAUCUUUAAUCAAUGGAUUUUAAAUGCAAUGAUAAAUAGUAAAGGAAAUUAUUCAAUGUUUUUGGGGCGUCCUUAAUUACUUGGAAGCUUUGGAAAUUUAAGCCGACCUGACUUUCUACUGAUGAUACUAUGAAGAAUCUUCAUUAUUCUACCUAGAAUCAAGCAGUGCACGGAGGUCACGGCAGAGCAUUUGGACACCGUCCACCAUGAAAUGGGACACGUUGAAUACUAUCUUCAAUACAAAGAC